CAUCUUGAAGCCCCAUCUGUGUUAUUGGCUCAACCAAUCACGGGAGGGGCAUUCUUCAUCUUCCCCAGGUUGGUUGCACUGACAGCUCCAUGACCUGGACACAAGCUCUGUGGAGAUGAAUAGCGUCUCUCUGCCAUUUCUUCCGAGGAUCUUUCAACUCCUUGAUACCCCCGUUUUGUAUCAUCAAGCCAUUCUCUUCACAGACACUCUUAUCCCAUCCCCCGCAUUGCUACAAUGAAAGAACCACAACCCCCCAUAAGUCACCACUCCCCAUCCACAAGCACAAUAUCACCAUCACCAAGACCCGUCCGAUUUAUCGUCCUCGGGGCUGGCUCACGCGGAACCGCCUACGGCCAGGCCGUCACAACUGCAACAACCGGCCACAUCCACGCCGUCGCCGAACUGCACCCUUUCAAACGACGGGAAUUCGGCCGCAACUUUAUCUGGGGUGAUGGGAAACCGCAGGAUGGACAAGAAUUCGAGGAUUGGAGGGGGUGGGUGAAGUGGGAGGUGAAGAGGCGCAACGGCAGUAAUACAGCUGAGGGGGUCGACGGGGUCUUCAUCUGCACUCUGGAUGAUCAGCACAUUGAGAUCCUCCAUGCCGUUUCGCAAUUCAAAGAUCUGCAUAUCCUCUGCGAGAAGCCGUUGGCGCUGUCACUUCAAGAUUGUCUAUCUGUCUACCACUCGCUCAAACCUACUACAGAUGGUGGUGAUAGAAACACCAUCUUCUCUAUCGGCCAUGUUCUACGCUACAGUCCGCAUAAUAUCCUCCUCCGCAAACUGCUUCUCGUCGAUCGGGUGAUUGGGGAUAUUGUCUCUCUUGAACACUGUGAGCCUGUUGGGUGGUGGCACUUCUCGCAUAGUUAUGUCCGCGGGAAUUGGCGACGGGAGACUGCUAAUGGGGACGGGUCGUUGUUGACCAAGUCGUGUCAUGAUAUUGAUUUUAUUCUUUGGUUGCUUUGUUCGCCGCCUGAGACACCUGCUUCUGCGUCGAAGUCGGUAUAUCACCAUCCUCGCACGAUCACGUCCACUGGUAAAUUGACGCAGUUCAACCCCCGUCGCAAACCACGGAAGGCUGGCGCUGCGACGAACUGUCUUUCCUGUCCGGCAGAGCGUGAAUGCAACUACAGCGCCCUCAAGAUCUACCGUGGCAUGCAUCUCUCCCGCGGCGAUAUCGACUGGCCGGUGAACAUCGUCUGUCCAGACAUUGAAGAUACCUACCGUACCUCCGGGUCAGAUGCAGCAGACAAAGCUCUCCUGUCCCGAUUACAACAAGACUACAACAAAGACACAGACAGCGAUGACAAGAUCGCCUCGAAAACAUGGUACGGCCGCUGCGUCUACGAAUCCGACAACAACGUCUGUGAUGACCAAGUUGUCACCAUCGGCUGGGAUGACGAACCCUCUUCAUCAUCAGCCACUCCAAUGAACGCCAAAACAGCACUCUUCCACAUGAUCGCCCCCACCGAAAAACAAUGCCAACGCCGCGGCCGCGUCUACGGCACCAACGGUGAAAUUUCCUACAACAGCCGCACAAUCACCAUCUACGACUUUGCAAUCCAGUCCGAGUCCAUAAUCGAAGUUCCCCGUCAACCGCCAGAGGAGGAAAAGGCACAUGGGGGCGGGGACUAUGGGCUUGCGAGGAGUUUUGUGCAGGCUGUUGAUGCAGUGGUUAAUCAGGGAUGGGAUGUUGGGGAGGCGCAGGCGAGGUUUGUUGGGUGUACGCUUGAAGAGGCAGUUAGGAGUCAUGCGGUUGUUUUUGCGGCUGAGGAGGCGAGGAGGGAGGAGAGGGUUGUGAGGUGGAAGGAGUGGUGGGGGAAGAAACUUGCUUCUGUUUGAGCCUGUGCAAUCUGGAUAACGACCAUGCGAGAUUUAAUGAUGCGAUGAAUUUGAUGAGAAUGUCUUCUACUAAUCAUCAUUUCUAUGAUAUAGCGCACUAAUCAUAUUCAUUGACGGAGAGCAAAACCCUAAACAGAUGACAAUAUGCCUCACAUACAAACUCGGAAGUAGAUAUUCGAACCAAG